UUGUGGGCGUCUUUCUCUAGGCUUGCAGAGGUAGGUGUAUUGUGCAUUUCUAUGCUGCUUCACUCCAUUGACCUGCCUAGUUUUUCCAUAGUCAACCUAGUAUGAACCCCAUUCACCUCCACACCUCCAUCAAGGUUGCAACAAGAAUACUCACCGCUAUUAUAUGUACUCUCCUGGAUCGGGUGACCGGCGAAGUUGUGAGAACAUCAGUUUGUACAGGUCGACCCCGCACCCUCGAUAGCCUUGAUGUAAACGUGAGUUAUUGCCUAGGGGGCACGCUCUUCCAAGACGACGACGACAACGGAACCAUCUCAUCUGUAUUCACCGAGACUUACAUUGACCAUGCCGAGCCUUUGGCGGUGUUGUUGUAGCACAAGAAGAGGUCAAUGGUGCUUGGGUGAGCUCCUCGAUGGACAUGAAUUUCUUGCUACGUUUCUUUUCGCGCCUGUGCCAGUGAACUCAAUAGAGCUCCAAGUACAUACCCUACUUAUGGGUCGGUCGGACUUUGAAAUUUAAA